ACGUUUCUUUAGAACAGAUUUUAAGAAGAAGCGAUUCAAAUGCGUCCACUUUUAGUUUUAUAUGAUUUUAAGAUGUUGAUGGAAAAGUAACAGUAUAGUAGCUACUGCUAGUCUCUCUUAGGUUGAGCCGUUGAGGUUAGAUAAGCAGAGCGAUUUAAAAAGCAACUGUUUAUAUUACUUGAGCUGAUGUUAUACUACGCACACAUCAAAACCGUUUGCGAUUUACUUCGAUUUUUUCGGUAAUUGUUUUGCGUAUCGGUUGUGAUAGCAGAAAGUAACGAUGAUGUGCUGGAUUAACGUGUCGACGUUAAUGAUGCUAUUUUAGGACAAGUAAGCUUGUAAGUCGAAGUACUUUUUUUGCUAUUCAUGAGCUUUUAAAACCACAAUGGAAUCAGCCAGGUCGUACAGGAUAUAUAAUAUAUAUCUAUUAUAAUCCACGUACCAGAUAUUUUGAUCCACAUACAAAACGUGCGGAAAUCUUUUGUCUAUCACAGAAUCCCGGCAGGAAUAGUUAUUAUUAAGUUAUUAUAGGCAGGUUGAUAGUAUCCCCGCAUUAGGUUAAACGACGCAUCAUCAGGACAUCUCCACUCAGAAGUAGACACAACUCUUGGAAGUCGUGCUAGUUUCCGUGACCCACCGGUUUUGCUAAUGAAGCCCACGUGACACUUCUAAUUGGUCGUGCGAUCAACUGUCCUGCCCGCGUGAUUUUAUUCCAACUUAUCGAUAAGGCAUAAGAGGAUCAGUUUAAACUUAUCCCGAUUGUUGCUCGCUCUGGUAGCACAGUAAAAUUUGUGAGACGCGUCUAAUUACUUUUGCGAGCUACUUGAAUUGCGUGCGGAGUACUGUUAUUUAAUGACGGUACCUGACAGUACUAUGACGGUACCUACGGAGGAGUCUGUUGACUUUACCAAUACCUACGAAGGGUCUGUUCCGGAUACUGAGCACCAGUUCUCUGUGCAAGAUACAGACCACCAAUUUUCUGAAGCAGAAGAGGAUCCGGAGGCAUGGUUGGCGAUGGGAGCGGACAACUCGACUUUUCAGCUAGAGAAAGGUGAGGCGUACUUGAACUACUACUGUCUCACCAUCCGAGAGACGAACACUAUCCGUGUAAUUCACGCAAACAAGGACGUCAAAAACAUCAUCCGCAAGGUGAUAAAAUGCAACUGGCCGCCUGGAAUAACUCAUGAACUGGAUGAAGGAGGAUACUGGGAGUUGAAGUUAAAAGGGACGCCCUUCUGGAAUUCAUUUAACAGCGAAUAUGCUCUUAGAGUUCACCGAUUAAUAUGUCUUAUGAUACAGGAACUAUACGCGGGAGGAUGGGAAAUUAUCAUAUCAUCAGAUCUAUCCCGGGUAAGGGACCUCAGUACUUUCUUUCUAAAAAGACCAGCUAUACCCAUCAAGGACGCCGCUAACGUUCACAUCUUCACUGUGACACUCAGCGGUGAGAACCUAAUGUACCUGACCAAUAUCCCCAAAUCAACGAAACACGAACUGAUUAAAAUACUCAACGAAAACUGGGGCAAGGGAGUUAAAAAGGAAACAUAUUGUAAGUCUGGGAUAGUGGUAGCGCUUGGUGGUAAACCUUGGCUGGACAUCAAGAGCAUGUCAGCAGCCGCCAGAUCUCUUCUUCACAAGAUGGUUAAUUACCUGGGAAUGGUCGGAUGGGAACUUAUCACCACUGCCAGAGUUAAAAACGCCAGAGACACCCUCUUUUUCAUGAAGACUCGAACUGCUCCUGCUAUAAACGACCUCGUUAGGAGCUUUUUCAGUUUAAGUAUAAACGGGAAGGAUAAGUUACGAGUCCUGCAUUCCUCCAUACCCUCAAUAAUCGACGACUUGAGAAAGAUAAUCACAGAUUGGGAGGGGGAAAUCAUUUCCGAGUCGAUAAAGAACGGAAGUCACGAGUUUGAGAUAAAAGGGAAUCCGUUUUGGUGUGAGAGUACUGAGGCGAUCCAAACGCGAUUCCUGAUGAUUAAGAUUUUGGAGAACCUUCUAGAAAAAGGGUUUAGGGUACAAACAGCCAUUAAUCCCUCUUCAAGACUCAUCAAUAAAAGUCUAAUGAUAUUUAGGAAAGGUAUACCUACACAUUUGCAAGUUAUUUGUAUAAGUUUCGACGAAAACGACAGAAUACGAAUCAUGAACGCCCCCGAAGAUUUCAACAAUUGUGUCAGAUCGGUCAUUAUGGAGCGAUAUGGUCAGCGAGGUAUCAUUAAGGAGUCCACAUUCAGACGUGCUUUUGAUUUCAAGAUUAGAGGUCAGCCAUGGAGUGGGAACAAUGCUAACGAUGGAAUAGAGGCCCGAAGUAUGCUCUGUCAUCUUCUCCAAAAGGUGAAUAUGAAGGGCUGGCGAGUAGUGUUAUCUACUGAUGCAACUAGCUGUGCAGUGAAGACAGACGACAGAAAGGACCAUCCUCAGGAUGUUCAAAGUUGGUACCUUAUGAAAACAGACAUCGUGAACAGAGCGGUGGCAAAAUGGAAAAACCCUGGCAUCUCUAGGACAGCAUCCUGAAAACACAGCUACGAUCAGCUUAGCAGCCUGAAGAACUAAAAUUCAACGUGUUACUUUAGGUCUAACUCUCAUUCGAUGCCAUGACCAUUUCUAUUUGUUAACUCGCUUAUCAUUUCGGUUAUGGAGAUACCAAUUUCGUGCCGCUGAAUUUAAAGUGAAGAACGGAACGAAAGCUGUGUGUGUGGUAUGGAACUUAACUGAUCUGCUCAUCUUAACCAAAAUAUUUGGGUAGCUGAAUAUUCGGAUACCCGAGAUCCCAUUUGCUGUAGGAAGGAAAUCAUAUUGCACAUAACUUGUACAGUAAAUAUAAUGGAGCUUUUGAUCACAAAUGACGGUUAAUCGGUUGGGGAAUGAACAAACGUAUAAAUUUGUGUUGAUAACUUUUAAUUUAUAUUCUUAUAAUUGAAA